AUGCAUGGUGUGGUCGGCCAACGGGAAGUCUUAUUGGCUGCGACCCGUAGGGGGGUUGAGCGCGGCGAUGCGCAUACCAUUAUCACCAUUUUUCUGUUUAAUCUUUCAGUGCAGCGCGAGAAGAUGAACCACACCGCGCUCAACUCGACGACGAGCGCGGCGGGGAAGGAAGGGGACUGGGGCCGCUGGGCCGAGAAUGAGGGAGAAGGAGGCCUAAAGAAGAAAGUCGCGAUCUCGAUACAGAGUCAGGCUGUCGACGGCAACGCGCGAGUACACAACGGCAACAACUUCUACAUGACCAGCCAACCAUCCACCUUCGAUCGGCGCGAUGCUGACAUCUUGAAAUGGCUGGCGCCGCGCGUCAGCUUCCACCAGACGCACGAUGGUAUCCAAGAGCAGGCACGCAUCGCGCAUUAUGCCGACUCGGUCCGCAACGACAACUACCCGGGAAAGUGGCUCAUCGAGUCAGACAAGUUCCAGGAGUGGAGAUCCGGCUCUCUGCUCAAGUUAUGGUGCUUCGGGAUGCCGGGUGCCGGCAAAUCCGUUCUCGCUUCUAUCGUGAUCGCGCACCUGCUGGAGCUACAAGAGCAGCUGAAGAGGAGCAGGGAUAGCGCCCGGGUAGCGUACCUCUAUCUGAGUUACAAGGAGGAGUACACCCUCCAGGAGCUCCUCGGUAGUGUCAUCAAGCAGCUAGUCUCAAUCGACGACGUGGUCCCCGAGUGUGUCGUCAAGGUAUGGAGGAAGCGGGGCCAAGGCGCCGACGCGCCCACGAUCGAGGACUUUUCGGCCAUGCUACGCAACCUGGUGCAGGAGCGACGCGCCCUGCUCGUCGUCGACGCGCUGGACGAAUGCAAACCCGAUUACCGGCUCCGGCUCAUGAGCCUCCUCCAGCCCGAGUCCAGCAACGUUAGCCUCUUGGUGACGUCUCGGCUGCUGGACGAAUUCGACGAAGUGUCGAGCGACUUUGAGAAGAUCGAGAUCACAGCCAACUCGACCGAUCUCGAUCUCUUCAUUGACCACGAGUUUAGAUCGCAUCCGCGGCUGAAGAAGUUCCUGAAGAUGGACCCCACGCUCCAGGAAGCAGUGAAGAAUAGCAUCAAGAGGGCGUGCCGUGGCAUGUUUUUGGUCGCCUUCCUCCAGAUGCAGUCUAUCGAGGCCGAGCGGACGCUGGGGGAGAUCCGUGGGGCCCUGGAUAGCCUCCCGCGCAAGAUCAACGACAUGUACGAGCACACCAUGGCACGCAUCUACGGCAUGAAAGAGGCCGACAGGAAGCUCGCCGUCCGCACUCUGUCGUGGAUCGUGUGCGCCAGGCGCCCGCUGGCCACCAAGGAGCUCCAGCACGCCCUCUCGGUCGUCCCCGGCAACUUCGAGCUGGACCUGGACAUGAUAUACCCCGAGGAUAACAUACGGGACGUCUGCGGCGGCCUGGUCACCAUCACCGACGGCCUGGUUUCCCUCGUCCACAACACCGCCCAAGGCUACUUCAGGGGCCGCUUCUCCGGCUUCCACGCCACCAUCGCGCAGACCUGCAUUAGCUACCUAUCCCUCGGGGUCCUGGAGCAGCCCGACGACGACACAGACGCGGCACGCAGUCCGCAGGAGCUCCAUAGGUACUUCGAGGCCCAUAGCGCCUCGACCGACAACCGGCUCUCAUUCGAGGAAAAGAUGGACAGGUUUCCAUUCGCCGGAUACGCGGCGACAAGCCUCGGCAAUCACCUGCGGAUGCUAGACGAUGCCCCGACAGUGCCGAGCAUCGCGCAGUCGCUGGUCGAGCUUCUGCAGAGCCGCCCCAAGAGGGGCUUCCUUCUCCAAAUGCUUCAUGCCAGCUACUAUCCGAGGCCUUACCUUUUUCGCGACAUGGAAGAAGAACAAGAGUUUGGGUCGGAUGCUCUCCGGCACGACAUAAUGGAGUGCCCGAGCGAUUCCGACUUGAAAACCACUUCUACAGACACGCGGAGACCGGCGCCAGGCCGCGAGGUCAAUGCCAUCCACCUGGCAGCCUUCCUUGGCUGGCCACCAGCCGUGUUGAGGAUAUUAGAGACGGCCGAGGCGCCCUUCGACAUCAAUGUCCUGGAUACGGUUUCCAGGACGCCGCUGUGGAUAGCGGUUAUCCAAGGAAACUGGGACGUGGUGGACGUCAUCCUCAGCUACGGCGGGUCCAUUGACUUCCUCGACAAGGCGGGCCAUAAUAUACUACGGCGCCUAGCCAGGGGCGACCAAGUCGACAUCAUCAAGCACUUGAUCGCGGCGAAUCUUAAUCCUGCUCCUGCUAAGCUCUUGCAGUCCGAGAACCCAACCGAGGGCGUGGCGGAGGAACCGCGCGCGCUCCCCGGCAGGGGCGAGGAACUGGCCGCGUCAGAGGCGCAGUCGUCCACCCCGUCGAACCACCUUACCACCUACCUCCAGCUGAUGCUGGCCGCGGGCCUGGGCGACAUCGGCACAAUCCAAAAGCUGCUCGCCGGUGGCGAGGCAACCUUCUCGGCGGACACGACCAUGUUUUACAUCACCGCCUUCUUCCUCGCCGUCGAAGCGAACCACCUGGCAGCUGUCAAGAAGAUGCUGGACAGCGGUGUCGACGUAGACACGCGUGGCCUUGGGCGCGAGACGGCGCUGCACAUCGCCGCGGCCCGGAACUACGUGGAGGUCGUGGAGCUUCUCUUCGCCCGGAACGCCGCUCUGAACCUGCGAGAUGAAUGGGGCGAGGCACCGUACACGGCGAACGCAGACAAGGAGCACAAAAAUGCAAGGUGGGGCAAUCUCCAACUUCUGCGCACCGCCGGCGCCAAUCCCAACGACAAAACUCGGUAUGGCUUCACCAGAUUACGCCUAGCCGCGGGGGGCGGCGACAUCGAGAAUGUCAAGUUCCUGCUGCAGAGUGGUGUCAACCCGUCCAUCACUACCGGCUUUGACCUGGCUCCGCUGCACUGGGCCGCCUUCGCAGGCCACGCCGACUGCGUGCGCGAGCUGCUCAAGUGGGGAGUGGACCCGAACACCAUGGGGUACGGCUCGAAGACGCCGCUCGACAUGGCCCGAAAGAUGGGCCAGACGCACGUAGUCAAGAUCCUGCUCGACGCCGGCGCGAAGACGGGCCAGGAGAUGUUGGAGAAGAGGGCCAAGGACGGGGGCGAGGACGGGGACGGGGACGGGGACGGGGGCGGGGGCGAGGAUGGCGAGGAUAAUGAGGACGAAUGGGAGUUUGUGUGGAGAGCAGAAACGGACCCGGAGGUCUCGCCCGAGGCAAAGAAACGUGUCUUGAGCUUCUUGGGCCUCGUGGACACGGAGCUCGACGACCGGGGAGCCGGAUGGGCCAAGGAACCACAUUCUAGCGGAAGGGCUGAAGAAGGAUCCGCUAGAGGGUGGGAUAGGGAACACGAUACAGAGAGUAUGGGCGGCGAUAUGAGGACGGAAGGCGCCGAGCGAUAA